AACGUAAACAAUUGAUAUAUACAUUUCGUGAGUGGAAAUUUAGAAAUCAAACAAAAGAUUCACCAUGGGUUCCGAGGACGACGAUAAACGAUUUGGAGUCAGACGGAAGAUCAUGGUCGCGGCGAUCUUUUCUUUAUUUGCAGUGGUGGUGCUCAUAGUUCUUCUCCAUCUUUACUCUAGAUAUCUCCUGAUCCGCCGAGAAAGGAGACAACGUGCCGCCCUUUAUCGCCAAACCAGGCAAAUUGCACCAGAUAUGGAUUCUAAUUAUUCCACUGAACCACCCAAGGUAGGGGUUGACGCUUUGGUCAUAGCCUCGUUUCCGACGUAUCCAUAUAAGCCAACCAACCAGCCCGAGCUUGGUCAUGGCGAACCCACAGAGUGCUCGGUUUGCUUGGGAACCAUAGUGGAAGAUACCAUGGUUAAGGUAUUACCAAACUGUAAGCACAUGUUUCAUGUAGAGUGUAUUGAUAUGUGGCUCGGAUCAAACGCUACUUGCCCAAUAUGUCGAACUGUGGCUGAGCCAAGGGUCCACCCAGUGGAAAGAGAGUUGGGUAGUGAUCAGAUUCAGGUCGAACCCUCUGCUCCACCCUUGACCGGUGGAUCAGGUUCGCUAUUAGGCUCUUUUCGAUGGAUGGUUACUAGGGAGAGGUCGUCAAGGGCUCGAAGCUGUGGAGAUGAAGUUGGUGCCGAAGAUCUGGAAAGGCAUUGAAUAUAUAUUUUAUUGGUAAAUGAUUCUUAGAGCUUUCUUGGUAUAUUGUUUUUCCUUUAUUUGGGGAUUGAGAUUGACGCGGUUGUGGCAGCUCUUUUUUUUGUGUUUGAUUAUGAUUUUGCUAUACAUUGUAAGAUAUAAUAUUGCUUUAUGUAUAAUUUUCUAUUUUUUUAUUAAUUAUUCUCUACUUGGUUACAA